GCUGUCGUUUUGUAUCAGAAUCAAAGUUACCCUCCGGGACCGAUGGAUGCUGACCUGUGACCUCCAUGUCUUUUUCUCUGAUCGCUCAUCUCUCUCCAAACUAGCUGAAAGUGCAGCCAAAGUGUACAGACUCCAGAGAAUGACUACACGGUCGGAACUGUACGGUCACGACGCAGCGUUAUCGUUCUGGUUCCGGCGGUCUUUCUUGAGUCCACGUGUCCCCCCGUUUCCAAGCCGCGGUGUCUCUUUCGUCCUCCCGAAACCCCAGCGGCUCCACCGUGUCUUGGCCAUGGCCGUUAAGCGCAGCCCCAAGCGUCUCAAAUACUCUGCUCCUCGCUUCACCAAGGAGAAUGGCUUGCUUUAUGUUGAAGCUGAUCCAUCCGGAGCAGACAGCUGGAAAUUGGAGCCAGUUGUCAAUCUUUUGAAACAGGGAGCUGUUGGGGUCAUUCCUACGGACACUGUGUAUGCAAUCGUCUGUGAUUUGAAAAGCAAUUCAGCAAUUGAACGUCUUCGCAGGAUAAAAAAUAUAGAUGCUUUAAAGCCUCUUAGCAUCUUAUGCCACUCUUUCCGGGACAUUGAUACGUAUACAACAGGGUUCCCUCGUGGUGAUAGCCAAGGUCAUGCUAGUAUAUUCCGAGCUGUGAAGCAUUGCUUACCUGGGCCUUAUACUUUCAUCCUGACUGCAAGUAAAGAGUUACCUAAACAGUGUAUAAGGUAUGGGACUGCAGCUGCCAAAUUUGCAUCGAGGAAAAAUGUGGGUGUUCGUAUGCCUGAUGAUGCCAUAUGUCAGGCAAUACUCGAGAGGAUGGAUGCCCCUUUAAUUUCCACAAGUGUCAAGUGCCCAAAGGAGAAUGAGUGGCUGAUAGAUCCGGUUGUAAUAGCUGAUAUAUAUGGACAAGAGGGUCUGGACUUUGUUGUUGAUGGAGGGGUAAGAGUGGCAGAUCCAUCCACUGUUGUUGACAUGUUGGUGAUUCCUCCCAAGAUAGUAAGGCAGGGAAAGGGGCCUAAGUUACACUGGAUGGGUGCUGAAGAUGAUGAUGAAUCUGCUGCUAUGCCUGAAGCAAAGCUCAUCAUUCCUUAUGCUACUUGAGGCUAAUACAUGCUUCCUUGAAACACUGUAGCGAAACAUGAUUUGUAUUCCUUCAAGGUUGUACAGUGUUUUAGAUGUCUACUACCAAAAAUAAGGUUUUGAGGCGGUUUUGAACUUGUGGUUUCUAUUGGAUAUUGGAUGAUAGUCAAGGGCAUACAGGAUACAAGGGAAAUUGCGCUCUGUGAACGUUAGGUCAAGAAAUGGUAUAGUGGAAAAGGUUAAAGGGUAGAUCCCAUAGGAUGAGCUAAUAGUGCAUACAAAAUUUCUGCACCAUGCCCUUCCUUUUAGAGUCACUUUUAUAAGUAAAUACGUCAGUGGGUUCUGGUGAUUUGUUUUGCAAUUUAAUUGCGUUAUAGGCUGAACUAGCCAUUGAAGACA